AAUUAUUGUUAUUAUUAGUAUUAUUAUUAUUACUGCUGCUGCUAUUACUAGACUACUACUAAGCUACUACUACAUUCACUUUCACUCACAGGCUUUGCGUGGCGUUGUGUAUGGAGAAAACAUUGAAUAUGGUGUCCUAUUUAACAAUUAUUACAUGAAGAAGUCAGACGUGCUUAUUUCGUUUUAGUUUAUGUAUACGCCAGGUAUCUUUCACAUUAUAUGGCCCCUCUUCAAUUAUAUUAAGGGAAGUUAAACUUCAGCCUAUUUACCCUACGUAAUAUAUAUGCGACAAAUAGCUGUCGAGGAGGUGCUGACGACUGAAGGGCACAGCAGACACGUGCCAAAAUAGCAAAGACCUACACGGAAAUGUGUGAGUCUUGACAACUAGAAUCAUGGCAACGGAGGCAUCGGUCUCCUCACCUGGGCGCCCCCAGAUCCCAACCCCCACGCAGAGGGACUAUUAUUGGGUGCGCUCUUUCGUAGCUGGAGGUGUGGCAGGAUGCUGUGCCAAGUCAACUAUUGCUCCUCUUGACAGAGUGAAGAUUUUAUUACAAGCCCAUAGCCCUCAUUACAAAGACCUUGGUGUGAUAGCCACCCUCAAGGCUGUGCCAAAAAAGGAGGGUUUCCUUGGCCUGUAUAAAGGAAAUGGGGCCAUGAUGGUUAGAAUAUUUCCCUAUGGAGCCAUUCAGUUCAUGGCUUUUGACAACUACAAAAAGUUUCUUAACAAACGGUUAGGGAUAUCUGGUCACAUCCAUCGACUCCUGGCUGGGUCAAUGGCAGGUAUGACGGCCGUUAUUUGUACUUACCCACUGGAUGUAGUUCGAGCCCGCCUUGCCUUUCAAGUGACUGGACACCAUCGCUAUACAGGCAUUGUCAAUGCUUUUCAGACAAUAUAUCUGAAGGAGGGCGGCUACUCUGGCUUCUAUCGUGGUCUGACGCCCACCCUUAUUGGCAUGGCUCCUUAUGCAGGGUUCUCCUUCUUCACCUUUGGAACGCUCAAGAGUCUGGGCCUCGCCCACGCCCCAGAGCUCUUGGGCCGGCCAUCAUCAGACAACCCGGACGUGCUGGUGCUGAAGCCGCAGGUUAACCUGUUGUGUGGGGGCAUCGCUGGCGCCAUCGCCCAAACCAUAUCUUAUCCUCUGGAUGUGGCACGCAGGAGGAUGCAGCUCGGAUCGGUCCUUCCAGAUUCUGAAAAGUGUUCUUCUCUUACAAAUACCUUGAAGCAUGUGUACAGUCAGUACGGGAUUAAGGCUGGACUGUAUCGCGGUCUGUCACUCAACUACAUCCGCUGUAUCCCCUCCCAAGCUGUGGCCUUCACCACCUAUGAGUUCAUGAAGCAGGUGCUGCACCUGAACUAGAGCAGGAACACUGGAGUGGUCUGGAGGAGUUCCCCUGUAGGCAUGCAGCCGCCUUUGGCCUUUCCCCUUCGAACACAGACUGCCAGCUCUGUUGACCAGCCGUGUCAGCGUCGGAUGGGGCGGGGGGGGGUGUUGAAGUGGUAGCACCACACCACAGUCUGGCUAAACCUGUCACUACACCCCCACAAUUACCCUGUCAAGAGGGGAAUCAAAACAAAACAACAACAAAACAUCAUCGAUCAUCUGGAAUGUUCUUAUUUCAAUGCAUUUAGUUAGUGAUGGAAGAACUAGUAAUCACCAUAAAAAACUGGCUUCACCUACUUAAGCCCCCCCAUCUCCCCAACACCAAACAGCAACAAAUAACACCCUCGCCAGGGAUUAUAUAAUUUCAUUUAUAACACUACAUUAAUAGAGAAUGUUAUUUGUGGUUUCAUAAUGAGAAUCACGUCAUCUUCUAACUAACAGCGUUUCAGUUUUAAAGGGGGGUCACUGUUCCUCUCUUUGAUCUGUGUCUUUUGUUUUAUUGGGUUCAUAUUUAAUUUCUUAAGUGUUACCUGUUAGUGUCAUUGUGAAUGACAGUUUCAGAUGUGACUGCAAAUCAGAAGCCCACAAACAACUUUCAUUGUAGCAGAUUGAGAUUGAUUCUUUUUGGCAAUUGAAGAUGAGACAUGUUGAGCUUUGUUGCUGUGGUACAGGUUUUGGGUCCAAUGCCUUUGUUUUGUGUGCGCUCCUGUGUUUAUUUGCACUAUGCCCAUCAGAAUUCUACAAAAUGAACAAAUGACUUCACAUUACUCCAUGCUACUUUUCUUUCUCGCUCAGUUAUGCAGUCAUGCUACACAUGUAAUGAGCUUUUCUUCUUCAUCUUUUGCUUUUCAGUCCCCUGAUUAUAUAUUGUCCAUGUUUGUCGUUUUAAAAUGUAGUUCUGUUUCGUUCAAUUAGGAAUUUCAUUCAGAUUAGAACUUAGUAUAAUGAUUAUGAAUGAGCUAUUUUGUGUGUUGCGUCACACACCGUAAUCAGGUACUGUCAGUUCAUGAUUUCACAUCUCAAGGCUGUUUUUCAUCACAUCAGUAUGAAUGAGUGAAUGCUGUGGGCAACCAUACUGUGAUCUCUAUCUUUAUUUUGGGGCAAUCUGCACUUUGUAAACUUUUUGUCUCGCCUCAUAUUAAUUUAAGUGUACUUUUAUUUCUGUCCACAUGAUGGCAGUAUGGGGCUUGAUCUCUUUUGUUUACAUGCAAUUUUCAAUCCCCCAGCCUUCCUAACAAUAACGCACACAUUUGAUAUGUGGGAUUUCUGUGCUGGUGUCAAGCACUGUAUGUAUAUGAGUAGAGUGUGUUGCUCCACCAAAGGAAUUAAAGGGAAAGUUUACGCUUUCAUGUCUCGUGCGCUGAAACUUGCACCUUUAUAUACAAGGAUUACAUAUUGUGUGUGUGUGUUCAUAUUGUUGUCAGACAUUCACUCUUGCAGUAAUGUUUCUAGUGUCAAAUGUUGUGCUAUACAAAUCACAUCAUUUUUAGCAUAAGCCAUUGAAACAGACAUUUGUAAUUUUGAAAGAUUGCAUCAAAUAUGUGUUGAAUGCCAUUUAAGAUUUUCUGUUUAUUUUGUAAAAUAUUUAAAAUACAUAGCUGCUCUGUCAAUCUAGACGAUAAUUUGUAUAAGUAAUAAACUGUAUGAAACAGUUUGUUCUUGAUGAUAAUGCUGAGUUUGGUGAAGACUAAGGUAUAGAGAGAAACUUUAUGUAGAGCAGAAUCAACUACUGCGUACGCCUUGUGUAUUUGCAGUCCUCAACUGUUAUUGCUUAUGUUGUGCUUAUGCUCAAUUAAAGAUGUUAUGGAUUUGA